CUAGUACAACAUGGAGGAAAUGGGAGUUCGGACUUCGUACUUCCCUCCUUCUCGUGCGCUAUGCAUGGUUUCUGUUCUUGACACAAUUAUGUGCGUGUGGACGGAUUAGAUAAAGACGUCAAAAUGUAUACUGUCACCAGAUAUGUCUUAUUUUUUAUGUGUGUGUUGCCGAAAGUCCUAAGUGCAAAGACAAGGAAUGUUUUGGUGAUUGUAGGUGAUGAUGCAGGUUUUGAGACACAGGUCUACAACAACUCAGUGUGUCGCACCCCCAAUAUCAACAAACUAGCCGCCCAGAGUGUCGUCUUCAAGAAUGCCUUCACUUCCGUCAGCAGCUGCUCACCUAGCAGAUCCGCCAUCUUGACGGGUCUGCCGCAGCACCAGAACGGCAUGUACGGCCUGCAUCAUAGCGUGCAUCACUUCAUGUCCUUCGACGAGGUGCAGAGUCUGCCAAGGAUUUUGACUAAUGCUGGUAUCAGGACAGGCAUUGUGGGCAAGAAGCAUGUAGGUCCCGAGCCAGUGUACCCGUUUGACUUCUCCCAGACGGAAGAGAACCACCCGAUCCUGCAGGUUGGACGUAACACCACGUUCAUCAAGCAGUACGUCCAGGAGUUCCUGGCAGUCAAUGACACAAGACCAUUCUUUCUGUACAUUGGUUUCCAUGACCCCCACCGUUGUGGCAGCACCCAGCCUCAGUAUGGGCAGUUCUGUGAGAAGUUUGGUAAUGGGGAACCAGGAAUGGGUUUGAUCCCAGACUGGAAGCCCGUGAAGUACUCUCCUGAUGAAGUAGUGGUGCCCUACUUUGUACAAGACACACCAGCUGCUCGGGCAGACAUAGCUGCACAGUACACUACUAUCAGCAGACUUGAUCAGGGUAUUGGCAUGCUGAUGAAGGAGCUCCAGGAGGUGGGCGUGGCAGAUGACACUCUCAUCGUCUACACAUCUGACAACGGCAUCCCCUUCCCCUCUGGCCGCACCAAUCUCUACAACCCCGGCAUGGCUGAACCAAUGUUGGUGUCAUCCCCGGCACACAGGGAGCGCUGGGGUCAGGAGAGCAAUGCUAUGGUCAGUCUGGUAGACAUUGUUCCGACUGUGCUCGAGUGGUACGGCUUACAGUACCCCAACUAUGUCCUCAACAAGCAGCCCGUCAAGCUGACAGGGCGAUCUGUCCUCCCCAUCCUCCUGGCAGAGCCACCAACAGGCUGGACCUCAAUCUACGCCAGUCAUGACCUGCAUGAGGUCACCAUGUAUUACCCAAUGAGAGUUGUCCAGACUACCCGCUACAAGCUCAUUCAGAACAUCAACUUCAAGAUGCCAUUCCCAAUCGAUCAGGACUUUUAUGUCUCACCAUCAUUCCAAGAUAUCCUGAUGCGUACCAGGCAAGGCCAACCCCUACCAUGGAUAAAGACAUUGCGGGAAUAUUAUUACCGCAGUCAGUGGGAGCUGUUUGACCUUGAACUUGAUCCAAAGGAAACCAAGAACAUGGCUAAAGAUGCAGGAUAUGCAGAGGUCCUGAAGCAGCUGCAGAUGGAUCUGACUCAGUGGCAGAACGUGACUGCAGACCCCUGGAUAUGUGCCCCUGGCGGGGUUCUGGAGGCUAAAGGUGCCCACAAACUCAACCCUCAAUGCAUGCCUUUAGACAACAUGCUUGAUGAGGACAUUCCACAGUUGAGAACAGAGGACCUUUAUAACGUCAAGCAGUUGGACACAUGACUUGACCUAUGGUUUCCACAACAUCUACUGGGUCAUGGUUCCAAGCCCAUCUGUACUCUUGGAUUUCACAGAAGUACCAAAAAUCUUUCACCUGCAUCACCUUCUGUUAAUCUUCCCAAGGCAAGGGAGUUAUCUGACUAAAAAAUUCCAGUUUCCACCCUUGACAAAUUAGACUGGAAUUCCGGAAGUUAUAUUUUGGCUGGACUAACAAAUCUAAACAUAGUUCAAUCCUAAUCAUGUUAUGAAAUCGACAUCCAUACGUAAACUGCCAUGCAGAUUUCUUGUUGAUUGUAGGAUUUGCAAAGCAUUUGUACCAACAGAAUAUUUUCUAAAUCUUUCCACAUUUUUAAUCAAGGUGCUCAAGCAAUUUAAUAAGCUUUGCAAGGUAAAACACAUUUUAUAGCAAUAUAGAUCUAUAUUAUCUGUGAGAUCGUCUUGACAGGGAGCAAGCCAUUUCGUUUGAAGCAAAUGCAAUAAUGUGAUCGGUGGAAUCUGAUUGGUCAGUUGGAGGGACAGAGAAGGGAUAUAUCCACUUGUAAUAGCCACUGGUGGUGUUACAAUCGAGCCGCGAAAUUCCAGCCUAGUUCGGCAAGGGUGGAAACUGGACCUUUAUAAAUACUAUUCGACACUUGUCCAAGAAGCUGACAAUUUCUUCCAUACAAUCGGGUUGCAUAUAUACCAUUAUUUUAUUUUCAUUUGGAUGUAAAAAUGUUAAAAAAAUGUUUCCUGGUGUGGGGUCAUGGGUGGACCAGUUGUUAAAGGUGCUGCAGCUUGUUAUGUGGAGUUGCAUCCCUUAGACGUGUCAGGAAUCUAUCACCAUGGGAUACAUAGAUCUUUUACAAUGUACAUACUGGUGUAUUUUUAAAUAAAAAGCAAUGAAAAUA